UCACAAGACGGUCGUUAUCAGUGAUACCUUUACCGCGUUAUUAUUUAUUUUGUUUGGUCAAUGUGUUGAUACUUAUUAGACAAAGUUUUUCUGGUAGUGUCAGUUUUACAGACUCCACCUGACCAUAAUUGCUAGGUGCAUGGAAGGUAAAAGUCACAUAUUCAGACAGGCAAUACCCGGAAUUUGAAAUGGUAAAAGUCGAGUGAAACAGAACGAAAACUAUUUGUCUGCCUGUAAGAUGUCUCACUUGUCGCCUCAAUUAUCUGCCAUCCCAUCCUCACAGCUUAGCAUUCCAACCAAAACAAGCCUGCCCGCGCCGGUGUGCACGGAUCCCGGGAGAGCGAUUCUCCACGACGCUCCUUUUCCUACAGGAAUGGCAAUUCCAUACCUCACCCGCAUCGGGAACCUUGGCGAGUCUUUGUACACUACCAGCCCGAUGACCCCGAACGCAUUAGGUGUGGAACCCUCGGCGUUUUACCCGCUGGGAGGGGCUACUCCAGCGUUGGGUUUAGACAGAGCCCCAGAAUUCUGGAAGAACCUACAACAUCCCUCCAUGGUGUAUCCCGUGGACCCUAUGCUAGGCAUGCAUCCAUACGGAGCAUUCUAUGGGGGGCUUGAUCUGAACAAUGCCGCUCGCCGAAAAAAUGCAACGAGGGAGACAACAAGCGCACUAAAGGCGUGGCUGUACGAACACCGGAAGAACCCAUAUCCCACCAAAGGCGAGAAAAUCAUGCUUGCCAUCAUCACCAAAAUGACCUUGACACAGGUGUCCACAUGGUUCGCUAACGCCAGAAGGAGGCUAAAGAAGGAGAGCAAACUGGGUUACAAAGAUAAAGAUUUGGACGGAAGUGACGUAGAAUCCAUAGGCUCGCCUCUUGGAACGGACGAUGAAAAACCUAGAAUUGGUUCUACAUCAUCAAGCAUCAUCACAAAAUUAGACAAUGAUUGCGACGAAGAUGCAGAUGUUAAGGUGACAUCAGACAUCUCGGAUUUCUCAGAUGAUGAGGAAGAUGAAAACCGGGAGUAUAAACAACGGUUGAAUCCUAACGCCGCACAGUCACCAGCCAAUCAAAAGGAAGAAAACAAUGCAUCUGCUGACGUCAGGCUACAGCAGGCAUCUGUUGGACAAUCAGAAUCACGUGAUCAAAGUAACUCGGCGCAAUCAAAUUCGAGACCAAAAAUUUGGUCUAUCGAUGAAAUAAUGAAUAAAGACAAAACAUUUGGAGAACAUUCCAGGGUAUCUAUCCACACUAAUCCUCUGCUUCAGUCCCUUAGUGUGUAUCAUGCGCAAUUACGAAACGGCAACGUUACAUCACAGGAACUUAAAAAUCAAGAUCAGCUAAAACGCUACAGUGAGACCUUAGAACAAUUACCAUACCGGAAAUCAAACUCGGAGACAGCAUUGAACCUGGCAAUUAGUGAUAAGAACGGAUUAAAAGCAGCACGAACCCGACCGGCAUCCAAACCAACCGCUACAGUGACGUCGUCGUCCAGCGACUCGGAGAAAGACUGACCUGCCUAAAAUAUUUAACAUUUGUUAAUUAGUGCUUUUCCUCCAUCCCUAACCCGGGGUUGUCUGAUGGACGUUUUAUUAUCUAAUUUAAUAAAAAUAAUUAUUGUAAUAUUUAUCAAUUAUUAUGUUCAUUAGAAUGUUUCUUAUUUUUGCAUGCUUGGCCUGAUGGUUAAUAAAAGUGUUGAAUUAUUUUAAA